AUGUUGGCGCAACUAGGGUUCGUCAUAGCGGAAAACUUUUACCUUGUGAUUGUUGUUCUGGCAAUGAUAGCAGUUCUUUGGCUAAUACAAAAGGUUUGCCUUCGCACAGAUCGCCAGCUUUGUCUUCUUGAGCUAUCAUCUAGAGCAUAUCUUUGCUCGCACAGAAUAGAGACUCUGGACGGCCUGGCAACCAUCCGCGCCUUUCAGUCUCAGGAGAAAGUUGAGGAGGUGGCUAGCGAUUUAAUCGAAGGGAUCCAACGACCAAUGUACCUCUUCUUCUGCCUAAAGCGAUGGCUCGCCCUUGUCUUGGACCUCUGCGUUGCUGCCAUAGCGGUCAUUAUCAUGGCAACGGCGAUGACAACCCGUGGCACUUCACCAUGGCCUGGACAGAGUUGGGAUCAGCUAUGGGAAUCACUUGUUCGCAUCAAGCACGCCAGCGAAGUGAUGUGGGCGCCUGAGUCUUGCAGCGUCUCAAACACAUCGCAGCAGGUCAUCCACGAAGAGAAAGUAGAACACAACGAUGCAGCUGUGGAGUUCCGCGGAGUCACGGCCUCAUACCUUCAGGGAGGACCUUCUGUGCUGAAGGACUUUUCUUUCAUGGCCCGUGAUGGUCAGACGGUUGGUAUUUGUGGUGCCAGCGGCAGUGGCAAGUCAACUGUUUUACUCGCCCUACUGGGUCUACUACACAUCGAAAAAGGCUUCGUGCUCGUGGGCGAUAAGGACAUCCGGAUACUUAACGACUGUGAACUCCAUGCGAGCAUAGGAGUUGUACCGCAGGAGCCGCUAUUUCUUCCAGGCAGAACGGUUCGAGAUCACGUGGAUACCAUGCAUCAGGCGACAGAUGAACAGAUCAAGGACAAGUUGCGCCAGAGUGUUGCUACAGUCGCCCAGGAUUGUACUCUUGGAUGA